GGACCUCAAACCGGAAGCAGCGCAUUAAAUUAGCAAGAUUGGCAGAGUUGUGAAGACAUCAACAGGGAGCGCUGAAAAUUAGGAGGUGCACCAGCUCCAUAUUUAUCACGGCAGUAGUGUUGCUGGAAGCAAUCAUUUGAGAAGAGGGGAGAUCAUUUGUUGUGUUUUCUCUCCUCUGAAUCUAUGUGCAGAUGGCGACACUGCAGAGAGAUUACUGGAAUCACAUGAGAGUGUUGCUGAGCUCUAGACACCACACAAUCUGCUAUCUGAACCAUGUUGGAGGGCAAUACUAGAAACCAAAUGAACAGAACAAAUCUUCCAAUUCUCUUCUUUAUUAUACUUCAUUAAUUUUAAUAGUAUUAUUUAUACAUUUUUAUCCAAAGUGACUUAUAAAAGAAAUAUGCUUCAACACUCUUGAUUCACCCUCAGGUGGCACUAACAUUAGAAGUGCAAACUUGCUUAGAAAAGCUAGAGCUAUAACAGAAUCAAAGAUAUAACUGAGAAUGAGAAGCAUUGUUUUUGCUGAUGAUUUUGUAGAAUUGGUAAUGAAUUAGAAGGGACUAUAGAGCAAAAUGAAACCAAAUUUGGACUGGUGCUGUUUAGUCAGUACUAAAGGCGGAGUAUGAAUAAGUGUUGGCACCAAACAAAGUCUUACUAGCUACUUUAAGCUGAUGAUGUGUAAUUUGUUUUUAUGUAAAAAUACUUUCACACAAAGACAACUAUUAUGUGAACCAUUUGUAGGUUGAUUUCUGCAAAAAGUGUAAACACUGUAGCACUUUCAAACAUUGCUCUGUUUGUUUGAACAUCCUAACCAAUGGACAGGACUAUCUGAUUGUUCGACCAUUUGCAAACAGAGGGUGUAUACGUAUCUGAAAACAAUGUUUAUUUUUGCAAUUCCGUUUGGUGCAGAAAUUACACACUUCAGCUUUAAGAGUGAGUAGAGGUUCUCUAGAGUCUGCAUGAUUUCGAUGACAUUGGUCAGUGCUUGUGGCAAGGCUGAAAACAAAGAUAAGGUUGCACCGUGUUCUUUAAUCAGAGUGAUUUGCAGAUUAAUAACCUAGGGUUUCGUCACAUGAAGAUAAUUUUGUUCUCACUGUUAUUGCACAUAAGGGAUAUGGGUGUGGUUGUCAAAGCAGAAUGAAGGCUGCUUCUGGCAAUUUUGGUAAGUGUUAGGCUGGUUCUGCUAGGACUGAGGAUAAAAGUAGGAUUCACAAAGGGUAAAACUGAGAUGUCUUGUCAGUAUACGGCUGGCCGGCCACAUUACCACGCAGGCUGCAAAGCGGGGGACUGUCACAGCAGAUAAAUGUCUGAACCCGACUGAUGCCUGCACUUGAAGCCUUCAGGCUAAACACACAGAAUUUUGAAUAUGUCACAUUUAUAAUUGCACAUGAUUAAAAAAAUUAAAGAGCAUCACAGUCAGAUUAUUUAUUUUAAGACCAUGCAGCUUGACCCUUCAGACACAACAUUAAAAGCAAGGCUAUUGCUAAAAAGAUAAUGUGAUCAUAAUUAGAUCCUGAGAUUCUGACUGGUCCUUGUUACUGACGAAAUAUCCUUAAGACAGGUUAACAUAAAUUUAGUAUGAUAACAUGGCUUACUAACCUUACCCGUCUAAAGUAAUAUCCAAUACCAGGAUUCUAUGGUUUCCAAGUUGUAGCCUAAUAUUGGACAUAACAUUACACAGAUAAGGUAAGUGCGUGAUACUAUCACAAUAAAAUCAUGUUAACAUGUAUAAUGUUUACCUCUUGUGGCUAUACUUCUGAAACGGUGUGUAUUUUAACAUUUAUGGACUGGCCCCAUUCACUUCCAUCGUAAGUGCCUUUUUGUAAUUUUUGUUUUUUAAUAAAGCAGUGAUUCUGGUCAUUUAGAGGGCACAUGGAAGUACAGGUAGUGAUGUAUGAUUGAGAAGUGAACAGUUGUUUUAAGCAUGUGGGUUUUUUUUUUUUUUUUUUUUUUAAAUCUGAUUUGCUUAUUUAACGGACUCACCAAACUGAUUCAAUGUCACUGAAUUCUGAAUUGAAUACAAUGGCAUUGAAUGUGAAAAUUCCAGUUUGUUUUGAGUUUUGCAGGAAAGCACAAAAGCAAGCUCUUUUUUCCCCCCUCAGCUGCCCUUCUGGAUAGCCAUAGUAAAAAGCUCUUGAUUGAGGCUGAACUGACGACACUUUAAAAUUGUGUGUGUGUGUGUGUGUGUGUGUGUGUGUGUGUGUGUGUGUGUGAUAUAUAUAUAUAUAUAUAUAUAUAUAUAUAUAUAUAUACAUUUUAGAAAUCUGCAAGUGACAAUGUAUUAAACAGUAUUUUCUGAAGAAAAGGAAAAAAAGAAGAUAUUGGCCUGUCUCUAAUACUGAUGUGUUAUGUCAGUUUGCACUGACUGUCUUAUGGAAGGUGCUCGUUUCAAAUGGUCUUCUCAGAGGACCAUCAUGUCCUCUGACUUGCUGGUGGACCUGCACGAUGAUCUUGGAGGGGAUGACUCUCCUAGCGCUGCUCUGGACCAGCUCAAACUGGUACAGGACAAACAGUGGCCCCCUGAUGACCCUUUUAGCCUGAGCAAAUCUGCUUCAGACAUUAAAAGUCUUGGUGGCACCUCACACCUGCCCUGGGAUGACCCCUUCUAUGACAUUGCAAGACAUCAGAUCGUGGAGGUUGCAGGUGAUGAUAACUAUGGUCGGAAGGUCAUUGUUUUUAACGCUUGUCGCAUGCCCCCCCAACAUCAGCUGGAUCACCAUAAACUACUCAUGUAUUUGAAGCAGACUCUUGAUAAGUAUGUGGAGAGUGAUUAUACACUCAUCUACUUCCAUCAUGGUCUGACCAAUGAGAACAAGCCCUCUCUCAGCUGGCUUCGAGAUGCCUACCGGGAGUUUGACAGGAAGUAUAAGAAAAAUAUCAAGGCGCUCUACAUAGUCCAUCCCACAAUGUUGAUCAGAACCAUCCUUAUUCUCUUCAAACCCAUAAUCAGCUUUAAGUUUGGCCGUAAAAUAAAUUACAUAAAUUACUUGAGUGAGCUGGAGGAGAUUGUGAAGUGUGAUCAGCUGGUGAUUCCCAACAGAGUCAGAGAGUAUGAUGAUAAGAUCUGUCUGUCUCUGAAGCCAUCUGUUGUCCCUGGACCAAUCUCUCCUCCCCGUAGUCCUCCCCUCCCUUUCCAGCAGUUUGGAGUCCCGCUGUCAACAUUGAGACAUAGGGCUGCAGAUUCAGAGGGAAUUCCUCUAGUGAUGCGUGACACCAUUGGAUUCCUGCAGGAGCAUGGUCUACAGACAGAGGGGAUAUUCAGGCGCUCUGCCAAUGUUUCUAUGGUUAAGGAUGUAAAGCUGAAAUAUAACUCAGGUGAGGCAGUGAGUUUCCCUCAGAUGGAAGAUGUCCACUUGGCAGCUGUGAUCUUGAAGACAUUCCUCAGAGAACUGCCAGAGCCGCUGCUCACCUACCAGCUCUACAAUGACAUUGUCAAUUUCCACAAUGUUGACAGUGAGACUCAGGCAGAAACCAUUCGGAACAUGUUGCUGUCACUUCCUGAGGAGAACUAUGCAUCACUGCGCUUCCUCAUACGGUUCCUUGUUCAGGUGUCUGCUGAGAGUGAAGUCAAUAAGAUGACCAAUGCUAACCUGGCUGUGGUGUUUGGGCCAAACUUGCUGUGGGGGCAAGAUGCUGCCAUGACACUUAGCGCAAUCGGACCAAUCAACAACUUCACCCGCAUCCUGCUUGACCUACAUCAGGAGGUCUUUACCCAGUGAGCAGUAGCAGAACAUUGAUUACACUCCCGUGAUUGACCCUCCCCAUUCCAUAAAUUCGCUCCUGUUGCUGUGUCCCAUCCCUAGUGUCAUUCUCAGUGUUGCCAAAUGCAUGAGUACAUCAACUGGUUGAAGCUAUGCAGGAAGAAUAAUAGGGCUGGUUGAAGUGCUUAUUUGGUUGAAGUGGACAGACCUCACAGCUUUCACAAAGAUUUAGGCUGUGAUCAAAUUCUGACAAUCAGUUUAUUUUCUAUCCUGCAGAAAUCAUGUAGCUACUGUCAGUCAUUACGGUACUGGACAGACAAGAAUUUUAUCAGGUCUGUUAUCAGAGACCUAAAUCAAUGAAACAACAAUGAAUACAGGUUGCUGUUUUAUGUUCAUUUUUGGGGCUUACAUUGUGGUAGAUAUUCAGCUGUUGGACCAGUGUGAAUUAAUUUCAGUUGGUCUUUCAAGGGGUAAAAGUUUGAGCAAUGUAAGAGAAAAUGCACGUCUUCUUAUUUGUAAGCCAUGGCACGCACAAGCUAUGGAUAAAGCACUACUACUCAAACUUGUUUUAAACAUUUAUUUAAGAGGACACUGUUUAUGUCCUCUUACAUAAAGUACAUGAUGGUAUGUAUUGUCUUAAAGAGCUUUCAGUUGUUAUUCAUUUAUAUUAUCAUAUCCUGUUUAAUAUUACUAUUACUAUAAUUUUAUCGCUAUCUCUCAUCACCUCCACAGCAUAUCUUUUUUUUGUCUCAGUGGUUCCAGGAAUAGGCCAGAUGCUGUAUGGCAAGCAUAGUGUCACCACAAAUGUUCUUAUGUCUCUCAGAUGUUUCUGAAGCAUAAUGCUUGCACUGAUCAUAAGAAGCAAUCUGCCAUUUCUUCUUCUUCAAUCAAAUCCUUAAAGCAUUUCAAAUCUUGAAAUGCUUCCUUAUUAAUGCAGUAUAUAUACAAAUAUCUGCCAACAAUCCCCCUUCUCUUUGUAUGUAUUAAAGUUUUGUGUGUGUGUGUGUUUUUAGUAAUGCUGUUGUACAAUUCUACCCCAGACUUAUUUAUUUUGGCCAAAUAUUAUAUGGUUACAAUGUUUAUGUGAUGCAUUUUAUUUGUAACUAAAAGAUGUACUGUCUGUCAGGGACAGUACCAUUGUACAUGGGCUUAUUUUGAAACAAAAGCCCAAACCAGAUAUCAUUUUGUCCUCUUAGUCAAUUUACUGGUGUUUUAUCUAUGAGAAAAUGUAUCAUAGUGUUAAAUGAGUUAUUACUGGUGUCUGUGUACAUAAUAAGUACAGCGACAUUUCAGUUUUAUCUUAGGGCUCUGUACGUGCAGUUCCCCAUUCACUGUAAUUUCUUGAUAGAUGGAUAUGAAACAUAAAGGAUGGUUAUUUUAUUGGUCUAAAGUCCAAAAGGACCAUAAAGCAAGGACAUGGGUACUAAUUAUUUAGCACUAAUGAUUUAAGUGUCAUAUGCCUUGAUUAUUGAAUUGUAACUGUUUACUGUGUCAUGUAAACGUCCUAUCCAUGUCAAUACAUCUGAGCAUUGACAUGUGGAUCAGUGGCUUAAAUAGUUUUAGCAAAGCUCCCUCAAACCCACGUGUCUGUGUGCCUUACUGGAGUGAAUUGGCGAUGAUAUUUACUGUUUAUGUCCCCUUCUCUGGUUGGAUCUGUGAACUUUGUGCCAUUUAGUUGUAUCUGUAUCCAAAUGCCUACCUGUUUACCUGUACUGUAGACACGUAUUUCUGGUUUCCAGGUGGAACUUUGCAUAAUUCUUUUGUGAUGGUUCUAUUCUUCCAUUUUGGCUGUUAAAAUGUAUUCUUUUACUUUUGAAAUCUUUACUUUUGUACAUUGUGGUGAAUUCAGAGUAAUAAAUUGUUAGAGAUUGUGAAA